UAUUUCCCGAAAAUCGCAGUAAUAAAAAAAAACUCAAGACAAAUAGGCGUGUUACAGAUUGGAUGUUUGCAUUUACUUUUGUCGGCAUAGAAAAUUCCCUUUUCGUGGUGUCAGACUCCACUCUGAGUCAGCAGUGUUUAUCUGCUAAAUUAUGUUUGGACAAUCAACCGUGUCAAGUCACUAGUGCGUCGGGUUUAUGACGGUUUUAUUCGUGCAGGCAUUGCAAUCCAUCGAAGGAAAAUCGAUACCGGCGUCCGGUUUUUUUCUACAAGCAUUUUCAGUACAGAGGAGCAGUAGACGGGAUCUGUUAUGACGGCAGCAAAUUACAGUGAUUGUCUUCCUACAAGUUCAUGGUCGCAUUGAUGGCGAAGGAGAGCCAGACAAUAUCGAUCGUAAAAAGACAAUAUCGAUAUUUUAUCGGAGUUCCAACUGGAAUCCCCGAAUCAUGCUGACGCAAUCCGGGAACAUCUGUUCUAUUGUCGAUUAGUCCGAAACCCCUUUUUACUAAAAUGGGAGUUGAAAAGCCUUUCACUUUUUCGGUGGACAAAGAACUGUUUUCGUCUUAUCCUGAAAUUCUGACAGAAUCCGUGCUGGCCCUGUGGUUUGCUUGCGAAAUUUGUUUGAGGUUCGGGCUGCGCGUUCUUCCAGAAUGGCGAACCAGUCGGGUCGACCCCGACCGACGCACUGAUUUGGAUACCCUACUCGAACUAUCCGGACUUGUAAGUCUCGUAAAUAUACUGCUAUAACAAAUAAGGAAGCAUUUUAAAGUAAUUUCCUGGCUUCCGAAGAAUCACUGGCAGAAAUUAACGAAGAGACUAUUGCCGCUUUAAAAGAAAAACACCCACCACGGCCGCCUGGUACGGUUUUUCCUGAACCACCUGCACCCGCUCUUUCUGUCCCCCGCGUAACCCCCGCGGAGCUGCUGGAUGCUGUUUUUAAUAUGCCAGCAGGCUCUGCCGGUGGAUUUAUGGGAAUGAAACCGCAGCAUGUCAAAGAUAUGCUGGAGAGAAGAGAUGCCAUCGAAGGAGAAUUGUGUGUAGCUAUGACCAGUUUGUUGGAUGUUAUUGUCAAUGGAAAAGUUCCCGUUGACGUACGUCCCUUUUUGUUUGGUGCAAAUUUAGUAGCCCUGAAAAAGCCAACUGGUGGAAUUCGUCCAAUCGCAGUGGGAGAAGUAUUGCGCAGAUUAGCAUCCAAGAUUAUCAGUGCACGAUGCCAGGAAGAAAUGGGCAGAAAACUUCGACCAGUCCAGUUAGGAUAUGGUACGAAAGGAGGCGCCGAAGCUGCCGUACAUGCAGCGCGAAGUUAUCUGGAGGCGGAACAUAUCGAGGCACGCGUCAUGGUGAAACUAGAUUUCAAGAAUGCUUUUAAUAUGAUCAGCAGGACUGCCGUUUUGGACGCCGUCCGCUCUGAUAUACCACAAUAUUACCCCUACUUCCACCAAUCGUAUGCUCCAUUUUCUCACCUGGUAUGCGGAGAGGACGUGAUCGCUUCCGAAUGGGGAGUUCAGCAAGGAGAUAACGCUGGCCCACUGGGAUAUUGCCUGGGGACGUUGCCACUGCUGAACGGGCUUCAGAGCGAAUUGAAAUUAGGUUUUUUGGAUGAUGUAACAUUGGCCGGAAAAAGGGAAGCCGUUAUGGCAGACAUCCAACAGAUUGAAGAAGAAGGGAAUAAGAUCGGUUUGGUUCUAAACCACGAAAAGUGCGAAGUACACUUUUUUGGGGGAACAGAAGAAGAACGUGCAGCGGACAAACAUCGCUUCUUAUGGCAAUGGCCGGAUUGGGAAGUUCGCGAGAAUGAGAAUUUAUAUCUCCUGGGCGCACCGGUUACCGUAUUUGCAGUUCCGUCUUUCCUGCGUGGGAAGAUAUCUGAAAUCGAAAGGUUGGUGGAAAAGCUAAAAUUACUACCAUCUCAGCAAGCACUAUAUUUACUGCGAAACUGCCUAAGUGCACCGAAACUGCUGUACGUUUUAAGAACAAGCCAAACAUAUACGUGCCCGGAUAUUUUACGCGAGUUUGACAGUUUGAUGAAAAAAGCCACCACUUCAAUCGCCAACGCGGAUAUUAAUGAAUCGCAGUGGACACAGAUGACUAUGCCAGUGGGACGAGGAGGACUGGGUAUACGGCGUACGGAGGAGCUAGCACUGUCAGCGUUCAUCGCUUCGGCUACCUCGGUGCAGCCCAUCUGCUCAGAAUUGCUCCCUAACUGUCAGUUGUCGGGUCUAAAUGAAGCCAUAACAUUAUGGACUGAUACCUACCAUUGUGAACUGCCAGUGGAACAUGCCCGGAAAUCUCAGAAAAGCUGGGACUGGCCGGUGGUGGAAUUGUCUUACUCGAGAUGAAGACUGAAAAUCAUGGAAAGCGGAAGUGACAAGGAAAUGGCGCUCUUGCUGGCUGCUUCAGAAAGGGAAUCUGCAGCAUGGUUGUAUGCGUUGCCGGCGGCUAGUUUGGGCACCCUACUUUCCGAUGAUCAAGUAAGAAUUGCCAUAGGACUGAGGUUUGGCUUACCUGUGGUAGCUAAUCACGACUGCCAAGCAUGCUCGUUUCCGGUAACCCCGGACGGCCACCAUGGCUUGUCUUGUUUGUACAACAAAGGCAGAUGGAGCUUACAUUCUGAGUUAAACAGCAUUCUUCAUCGUGGAUUUUUUGCGGCGGGUAUUCCUAGUGAACUAGAGCCCAAGGGAAUGUCGGGAGAUAAUGGCAUGCGGCCGGAUGGAGUUACUCUGGUACCAGUCCGUGAUGGAAAACAGCUGGCAUGGGAUGCCACAUGCGCAGAUACAAUGGCACAGUCGUACCUUAAAGGAACUGCGAAAGCGGCUGGUACAGCAGCUCGGCAAGCGGAAAGUCGGAAGCGACAAAAGUACCGUUCCCUCGGAGAACAGUAUCUGCUCUAUCCAUUCGCGGUGGAAACGCCUGGCGUGCUUGGAGAAGCCGCGAAAGAUAUGGUCAGCUUCGUUGGACACCUAAUUCGGGGAAAGACAGGAGAAAGCCGAUCUACAGCUUUCUUAAAACAACGCAUCAGUCUAGCGAUAAUGAAGGGAAACGCUGCCGCAGUUUUAGGCACUUUGCCGGGCAGAAAUAAAUUUGUGGAAGGGAAUGAUUUUGGUUGUUUUUGGAACUUGUAACCGUAGUGUGUAAUCAUCGUUGCUGAACA